AUGAUGUCCUUUGGAAAAGGAGCAAUGGCAGCCAUCAGGAAGAAGCUGGUGAUUGUGGGAGACGGCGCUUGUGGGAAGACGUGUCUGCUGAUCGUGUUCAGCAAGGACCAGUUCCCCGAGGUCUACGUACCCACUGUGUUUGAGAACUACAUUGCUGACAUAGAGGUGGAUGGGAAGCAGGUGGAGCUGGCCCUGUGGGACACGGCAGGACAGGAGGACUACGACAGGCUGCGGCCCCUCUCCUACCCGGACACAGACGUUAUCCUCAUGUGCUUCUCCAUCGAUAGCCCGGAUAGUCUCGAGAACAUCCCUGAGAAGUGGACGCCAGAGGUGAAGCACUUCUGCCCCAACGUGCCCAUCAUCCUGGUGGGGAACAAGAAGGACCUGCGGAAUGACGAGCACACGCGGCGGGAGCUGGCGAAGAUGAAGCAGGAGCCGGUGAAGCCGGAGGAGGGGAGGGACAUGGCCAACAGGAUCAAUGCCUUUGGCUACCUCGAGUGCUCGGCCAAGACGAAGGAGGGAGUGCGGGAGGUGUUUGAGAUGGCCACCCGCGCCGGCCUGCAGGUGCGGAAGAACAAGAAGCGCAGGGGCUGCCCGCUGCUGUGAGC